AGGAGGGGUAGCUGCUGUGGGAGAGCAAGUUUCAUUGAGCCAUCCGACAGCGGCGGGCCCCCUGAUUCUACCACCGCUGACGUUGCUGUUCCUGUAAACUCACUACUACCGUCGCAGUGCUGCUGGGGUGAGCUCAUCAUACCCUCCCCUACCUUAGCUAACGCUGACAGCAUCACCUCUGCUGAUCAGGUCUCUCUGUCUCUCUCUCUCUCACUCAACCGAUACAGUGGCAGAACAACAGAGAUUCAGCUCUGUCAUCUCUCCCUCACUCUUUCUCUCUCCCUCCCUCCCACUCAGUCCGUCCAGCAGAAAGACAUCAGAGAUUCAGCUUUCUCAUCUCUCUCUCAACUCAGCACUACUACUGAACAAGAACAAGGUAGUCUGUGUCUCCCCCAGCUCCUCAGGCAGCCAGGAAACAGAGAUUCAGCUCUCCUCUCAUCUCCACUCUCCUCCUCUCUCUCUCUGCUGAGCACGACGAGUCCCAGGACAGCAACAACACAAAGAGAGGCGCAGAGACCAAGGAGUCAGCAGAUGAGCCACUUUGUCUCAAACAGAGUCUGAGUCUGAAGUCAGAAGAGAAAGGAGGAGGACCCACAGCUCCUGUCCUAGGUAUCAGAGACCAGUCUCAGUCACAGAGACCGGUCUCAGUCACAGGGCUCCGGCAGCAACGCAGAGGGAGGCACAGAGACUGAGGACAGGGACUGUCUCAAACAGAGCCAGGAGAGAAAGGAGAAUCCCAAACUUUAGGAGCUGUCCUAAGACAACUAAGAGAAGUCUCCAUCUCAGCCACAGAGACCGUGAGAGAGACAGGGAAGGAUCCCAGCAAAGCCUAUCAGCCGUCUGCCUUCUCUUUUAUCUCACCUCAGCCUCCGCUGGUCUUUCAGUUACAGCAGAGCUCAGCCACAGUGGGGAGAUUACAAUCAACAGGUCCGUAUUUAACCACACCAGCACCACCUCAGAGGCUAAGGUUUCUGAGAGUGAAGCUACACGCCUCAGGUCAGUACAGCUUCUCUCUUAAGACAGCGGUAGUGGUGUAGUGGAACCCUUCACUAUGUCUGGAGUGUUCCAGCUAGCUGUGAGAGGCAACAGGAAACUGUUUUUCAAUGACGCAGUGAAAGCUGAUGAUAGCUCCUCUAUGAGCCUCCAUGAUGUCUCUGUCUCCCAACCUGCUAUUGGACUGGACUAUGCCUUCCUGCCUCCACUGAAUGUGCACGAGAACCUUCACCACCCAGUGAGUGAGGCUAGCUUCACCUCACACAACUUCCUCAGCGUCAAGAAGCCAGAGACCCCACCACCACCAACCCUGACCCCACUACAGCCAGCUCUGCCUGGGGACCGACAACCAACCCUGACCCCUCCUGACCUCUGUAGGGAGCCUAAGGAGAAGACCCAGACAAGUAGAACAGUUAAAGGGUCAGAGGCCAAAGUCUCAGAGAGAGAAAAGGAGGAUGGAGAAAAUAAGAAUGGUGGAAGGAAGCAUGGAGGAGACUCCGUUCCACUAACUUCUCUCAGUAUAGUUUCUGGUGAACCUGUCCCAGUCCCAGACCCAGUCCCAGUCCCAGACUCAGUCCCAGUCCCAGUCCCUGUCCCAGUCCUAGACCCAGACCCAGUCCCAGACUCAGUCCCAGACUCAGUCCCAGUCCCAGUCCCAGACUCAGUCCGAGUCCCAGUCCCAGACUCAGUCCCUGUCCCAGUCCCAGACUCAGUCCCUGUCCCAGUCCCAGUCCCAGACUCAGUCACAGACCCAGACUCAGUCCCAGUCCCAGACUCAGUCCCAGUCCCAGACUCAGUCACAGACCCAGACUCAGUCCCAGUCCCAGACUCAGUCCCAGUCCCAGACUCAGUCCCAGUCCCAGACUCAGUCCCAGUCUCAGACUCAGUUCCAGUUCCAGACUCAGUCCCAGUCCCAGACUCAGUCCCAGUCCCAGACUCAGUCACAGACCCAGACUCAGUCCCAGUCCCAGACUCAGUCCCAGUCCCAGACUCAGUCCCAGUCCCAGACUCAGUUCCAGUCCCAGACUCAGUCCCAGUCCCAGACUCAGUUCCAGUCCCAGACUCAGUCCCAGACUCAGUCCCAGUCCCAGACUCAGCUCCAGUCCCAGACUCAGUUCCAGACUCAGUUCCAGUCCCAGACUCAGUCCCAGUCCCAGACUCAGUCCCAGUCCCAGACUCAGUUCCAGUCCCAGACUCAGUCCCAGUCCCAGACUCAGUCCCUGUCCCUGUCCCAGUCCCAGUCCCAGUCCCUGUCCCAGUCCCUGACUCAGUCUCAGACUCAGUUCCAGUCCCAGACUCAGUCCCUGUCCCUGUCCCAGUCCCAGACCCAGUCCCAGUCCCAGACCCAGACUCAGUCUCAGACUCAGUUCUAAUCCCAGUCCCAGACUCAGUUCUAAUCCCAGUCCCAGACUCAGUUCUAAUCCCAGUCCCAGACUCAGUUCCAGUCCCAGACUCAGUUCCAGUCCCAGUCCCAGACUCAGUCCCAGUCCCAGACUCAGACCCAGUCCCAGACCCAGUCCUAGUCCCAGACCCAGUCCCAGACCUAGUCACAGACCCAAACUCAGUCCCAGUCCCAGACUCAGUCCCAGUCCCAGACUCAGUCCCAGUCCCAGACUCAGUCCCAGUCCCAGACUCAGUCCCAGUCCCAGACUCAGUCCCAGUCCCAGACUCAGUCCCAGUCCAAGACUCAGUUCCAGUCCCAGACUCAGAACAGGCAGAUAUCAAACUUCCUAACCAGUCUUCUUUAGAUCCUAUGAAGGGUAAAGAGGGGCCUCAGAGUUCCAGAGACUCUCCCUCUAAGCCUGUUGCUAUGCCUGUUGCUAAGCCUGUUGCUAAGCCUGUUGCUAAGCCGGGAUCUGAGCCAGUCAAGGCUCUUGUUCCAGCGGAAACAGUCUUUGACCUGCCAUUUACUUCCCUGAGUGAUCAGUCUGAUAGUAAUGAGCCCAUAGCGAUACUGAAGCGUCCAGGUCCCAUGCUGAGUCACUUGGAGUUCAUCAAUGACUGUGACGUUUCACCUCCUGGACUCUGGGACUGUCAUGGUGGCGGUCACUAUGACAGCACUGCACUUCCUGAUCAUGUGACAGGGGAAAUGACAUCACUUCCUGAUCACGUGACAGGGGAAAUGAGACAGGCAGCACCUGUAAUACUGGAUUCAGAGUACAGAGAUGACCUGAGACACAGGCAGGAUGAGUAUGAGACUGGUGACUGUGGUGAUAAAGGACCACUGGCUGACAAGGUUAAAGAAGAGGUUGGUGAGAAGCUUCUUGAACAAGUCCCCGUCUCUAAAUCACCAUCUCAGGCUACAACACUAUCAACAGCUGGAUCUGAUAACACCAUUCCCCUACAUGUCUUUAACAUUGGAGCUGAGCCCAAGGUAGAAGAGCCUGUCAGGGUAAAUCUAUUCCGUAGUGCUGUGUCCGUUAAAGAUGAUGUCAUCCAUGUGCGUUUGUCCAUUAACGAUGACAGCCCAACACCCAGUGCUGAGCAGCCAAUCGGCAGCCAGCCUCGUAAUGUAAACACAGAGGACAAACGGGAAGACAAACGGAAAGACAAGAGGAAGAGGAAGGACGAGAGGAGACGAAAUGAAACGGAAGACGAAGACAAAAAGGGAGAUCAGAAUCUCUCUCAUAAACGACAGGAAAUAGAGGAGGAUGACAAGCAGAAAGGAAAAUGGAAUCAGACAAGUGAACAACAAGAGAGUAAUGAGACUGAUACAAAAACAGGACAGGAACAGACACAGACAGAGUCACAAAUAGUGUCUGUGCUGGACCAGAGAGACGAGAACAGUGGAAGACCAGGUAAAGAAGAGGAGAAGGCUGUGGCCUCAUUUGUCCCCCGGCUGGCUCCUCCGGGGUCGUCUAAGGACGUGUUAUGUUCCAGUGGAGACUCUUGCCAUUUAUCCUCUCCCUCUGUGUUACAACAAAGUCUCUACCCAAUGCUCCCUGUGCCAGCAACAGUACCAACAGAACCCUACGCUGAGAGGGACCCCUCUGUACCUGAUUUGACUGAAAAUGCAGCUCUUAUUCAAUCCGAUUCAGCGAUUCCUCCAAAACGUUUUGCUCAGCAACAAGAAAGAGAACACGAAGAGCAGCAGGAGAAGCCAGGAUCUAGUCCCGCCUCAGACAACGUAUCAGGAGGUUUAGAAACAGACAACGAACGCACAGCGUUACUCACAACUUCACCACUGUUGCCGGGGGUAACACAGGGAGCAGAGAGGACCCUGGGAGGUUUGCGUCAGGGAGAGAACAGGAAGUCGGGUGAUGGCAACUAUGUCACCGAUGGAGGGAAAGGACCAGGCACAGAGGAAGGAGAGGGGAAGAGGACUUCUACCGUAGAUGACUAUAGUUUCAACCGCGGUCAUGAAGGAGUCAAUAUGCCAUCUCAUAGUCACCAUCGUUUCAUUUUACACUGGGAUAGUGGAGAUAUUGAGAGAGACAACAACAUGGGGACUGUAGUUAAAGUUCCUGUCGGUAGGGAAAAAAGACAGGACACAGAUAAAAACCAAAGCACCGGACCAGGAGAAGUCAAUGUCCUGUCUGAUUCAGACAGUUCAGAUCUCGAGGGUCUGUCGGUGAAGGAGCGUGUGGAGGUUAAAGGUCAGAGAACAGACGCCAUAACACCGGCUUGUGAAGAUGGACUCAGCGAAACAGAGAACUCUGCAGCCCCUGUCGGAACGGAUUCACACCGAGAUGAAACCACACCGCUGGAAUGUCCCGUCCCAUCGUCAUUAUGUUCGCAGGGAAGGGUCAGCAGCGAGGGGCAUGGGGUUCACAAGCAGGAGAACACGAUACGUAAUCCAGACAAGGAGGCCAAACCUAACCCAGUCUCAGACCACCAGACCAAAGGUACUGUCCCUGUCAAACUGAUGCCGGACCAGUUCACAGACACUCCUGUCACAGUGGCUGACACUCAUCCUGUUCAGGUCGAUAUCGAAGCCUCUGUACAGGAUGCAGAUAUCGAAGCCUCUGUACAGGAUGCAGAUAUCGAAGCCUCUGUACAGGAUGCAGAUAUCGAAGCCUCUGUACAGGAUGCAGAUAUCGAAGCAUCUGUACAGGAUGCAGAUAUCGAAGCCUCUGUACAGGAUGCAGAUAUCGAAGCCUCUGUACAGGAUGCAGAUAUCGAAGCCUCUGUACAGGAUGCAGAUAUCGAAGCCUCUGUACAGGAUGCAGAUAUCGAAGCCUCUGUACAGGAUGCAGAAUACAAGGCAGUUGAGUCGUUCUCGGUUCACAACGUGGUCAAAACCAGCAACAUUACUGGAACUCAGGAGAGUCCUGGUACCAAUGACGACCCUGAUCCUGAGCCUCGUGUGGUCCAGAAGGCCUUCAGCACAACAACCACAGAAAGCCCCACAGCAGCACAACUAGCUGACCCAGAGAGGGAGGUCACAGAAAGCCCCACAUCAGUACAGCUAGCUGACCCAGAGAGGGAGGUCACAGAAAGCCCCACAUCAGUACAGCUAGCUGACCCAGAGAGAGAGGCCACAGAAAGCCCCACAUCAGUACAGCUAGCUGACCCAGAGAGAGAAGUCACAGAAAGCCCCACAUCAGUACAGCUAGCUGACCCAGAGAGGGAGGUCACAGAAAGCCCCACAUCAGUACAGCUAGCUGACCCAGAGAGAGAGGCCACAGAAAGCCCCACAUCAGUACAGCUAGCUGACCCAGAGAGAGAAGUCACAGAAAGCCCCACAUCAGUACAGCUAGCUGACCCAGAGAGGGAGGUCACAGAAAGCCCCACAUCAGUACAGCUAGCUGACCCAGAGAGAGAAGUCACAGAAAGCCCCACAUCAGUACAGCUAGCUGACCCAGAGAGAGAGGCCACAGAAAGCCCCACAUCAGUACAGCUAGCUGACCCAGAGAGAGAAGUCACAGAAAGCCCCACAUCAGUACAGCUAGCUGACCCAGAGAGAGAGGCCACAGAAAGCCCCACAGCAGCACAACUAGCUGACCCAGAGAGGGAGGCCACAGAAAGCCCCACAUCAGUACAGCUAGCUGACCCAGAGAGAGAAGUCACAGAAAGCCCCACAGCAGCACAACUAGCUGACCCAGAGAGGGAGGCCACAGAAAGCCCCACAUCAGUACAGCUAGCUGACCCAGAGAGAGAAGUCACAGAAAGCCCCACAUCAGUACAGCUAGCUGACCCAGAGAGAGAGGCCACAGAAAGCCCCACAUCAGUACAGCUAGCUGACCCAGAGAGAGAGGCCACAGAAAGCCCCACAUCAGUACAGCUAGCUGACCCAGAGAGAGAGGCCACAGAAAGCCCCACAUCAGUACAACUAGCUGACCCAGAGAGGGAGGUCACAGAGGAGGAUAUUGAUGCCUUGAACAGGAAGAAAGAGAAGAGGAUGAAAGACCGUAAACAAAAGCAGAAGAAAAAGGAGCAAAAACAGACUGGUCCCACCCCAGAACAGACUGGUCCCACCCCAGAACAGACUGGUCCCACCCCAGAACAGACUGGUCCCACCCCAGAACAGACUGGUCCCACCCCAGAACAGACUGGUCCCACCCCAGAACAGACUGGUACUACCCCAGAACAGACUGGUCCCACCCCAGAACAGACUGGUCCCACCCCAGAACAGACUGGUCCCACCCCAGAACAGACUGGUCCCACCCCAGAACAGACUGGUCCCACCCUAGAACAGACCUGUCCUACCCCAGAACAGACUGGUACUACCCCAGAACAGACUGGUCCCACCCCAGAACAGACUGGUCCCACCCCAGAACAGACUGGUCCCACCCCAGAACAGACUGGUCCUACCCCAGAACAGACUGGUCCUACCCCAGAACAGACUGGUCCUACGCCAGAACAGACUGGUCCUACCCCAGAACAGACCGGUCCUACCCCAGAACAGACUGGUACUACCCCAGAACAGACUGGUCCCACCCCAGAACAGACUGGUCCCGCCCCAGAACAGACUGGUACUACUGGUCCUACCCCAGAACAGACCGGUCCCACCCCAGAACAGACUGGUCCCGCCCCAGAACAGACUGGUCCUACCCCAGAACAGACUGGUCCCACCCCAGAACAGACUGGUCCCACCCCAGAACAGACAGAGAUGUCUACCACAGAACCACAGACAGAACCACAAAUAGACUGGUUGGCUGCUCUCAGAUCCGUCUCUCAGUCCGACCAACAGAACACAGCACAGUCAUCUGAGCGAACUCCAGAUCCCAGACCCUUCCAGCCUCUGGAGCCUUUGGAGUCUCCUGUAGCAGAGUUUCCUACCCUCUCUGAAGAGACAGCCACCCCUCUGGGCCAGAGAGAAGACACACUAGCGAAGGAAGAGGAGCUACCAGGACAGGAGCUACCAGGACAAGAGAAGACCAUUCCUCUACCAGGACAAGAGAAGACCAUUCCUCUACCAGGACAAGAGAAGACCAUUCCUCUACCAGGACAAGAGAAGACCAUUCCUCUACCAGGACAGGAGCUACCAGGACAAGAGAAGACCAUUCCUCUACCAGGACAAGAGAAGACCAUUCCUCUACCAGGACAAGAGAAGACCAUUCCUCUACCAGGACAGGAGCUACCAGGACAAGAGAAGACCAUUCCUCUACCAGGACAAGAGAAGACCAUUCCUCUACCAGGACAAGAGAAGACCAUUCCUCUACCAGGACAAGAGAAGACCAUUCCUCUACCAGGACAGGAGCUACCAGGACAAGAGAAGACCAUUCCUCUACCAGGACAAGAGAAGACCAUUCCUCUACCAGGACAAGAGAAGACCAUUCCUCUACCAGGACAAGAGAAGACCAUUCCUCUACCAGGACAAGAGAAGACCAUUCCUCUACCAGGACAAGAGAAGACCAUUCCUCUACCAGGACAAGAGAAGACCAUUCCUCUACCAGGACAAGAGAAGACCAUUCCUCUACCAGGACAGGAGCUACCAGGACAAGAGAAGACCAUUCCUCUACCAGGACAAGAGAAGACCAUUCCUCUACCAGGACAAGAGAAGACCAUUCCUCUACCAGGACAGGAGCUACCAGGACAAGAGAAGACCAUUCCUCUACCAGGACAAGAGAAGACCAUUCCUCUACCAGGACAAGAGAAGACCAUUCCUCUACCAGGACAAGAGAAGACCAUUCCUCUACCAGGACAGGAGCUACCAGGACAAGAGAAGACCAUUCCUCUACCAGGACAAGAGAAGACCAUUCCUCUACCAGGACAAGAGAAGACCAUUCCUCUACCAGGACAAGAGAAGACCAUUCCUCUACCAGGACAGGAGCUACCAGGACAAGAGAAGACCAUUCCUCUACCAGGACAAGAGAAGACCAUUCCUCUACCAGGACAAGAGAAGACCAUUCCUCUACCAGGACAGGAGCUACCAGGACAAGAGAAGACCAUUCCUCUACCAGGACAAGAGAAGACCAUUCCUCUACCAGGACAAGAGAAGACCAUUCCUCUACCAGGACAAGAGAAGACCAUUCCUCUACCAGGACAGGAGCUACCAGGACAAGAGAAGACCAUUCCUCUACCAGGACAAGAGAAGACCAUUCCUCUACCAGGACAAGAGAAGACCAUUCCUCUACCAGGACAGGAGCUACCAGGACAAGAGAAGACCAUUCCUCUACCAGGACAAGAGAAGACCAUUCCUCUACCAGGACAAGAGAAGACCAUUCCUCUACCAGGACAAGAGAAGACCAUUCCUCUACCAGGACAGGAGCUACCAGGACAAGAGAAGACCAUUCCUCUACCAGGACAAGAGAAGACCAUUCCUCUACCAGGACAAGAGAAGACCAUUCCUCUACCAGGACAAGAGAAGACCAUUCCUCUACCAGGACAAGAGAAGACCAUUCCUCUACCAGGACAAGAGAAGACCAUUCCUCUACCAGGACAGGAGCUACCAGGACAAGAGAAGACCAUUCCUCUACCAGGACAGGAGCUACCAGGACAAGAGAAGACCAUUCCUCUACCAGGACAAGAGAAGACCAUUCCUCUACCAGGACAAGAGAAGACCAUUCCUCUACCAGGACAAGAGAAGACCAUUCCUCUACCAGGACAGGAGCUACCAGGACAAGAGAAGACCAUUCCUCUACCAGGACAAGAGAAGACCAUUCCUCUACCAGGACAAGAGAAGACCAUUCCUCUACCAGGACAAGAGAAGACCAUUCCUCUACCAGGACAGGAGCUACCAGGACAAGAGAAGACCAUUCCUCUACCAGGACAAGAGAAGACCAUUCCUCUACCAGGACAAGAGAAGACCAUUCCUCUACCAGGACAAGAGAAGACCAUUCCUCUACCAGGACAAGAGAAGACCAUUCCUCUACCAGGACAAGAGAAGACCAUUCCUCUACCAGGACAGGAGCUACCAGGACAAGAGAAGACCAUUCCUCUACCAGGACAGGAGCUACCAGGACAAGAGAAGACCAUUCCUCUACCAGGACAAGAGAAGACCAUUCCUCUACCAGGACAAGAGAAGACCAUUCCUCUACCAGGACAAGAGAAGACCAUUCCUCUACCAGGACAGGAGCUACCAGGACAAGAGAAGACCAUUCCUCUACCAGGACAAGAGAAGACCAUUCCUCUACCAGGACAAGAGAAGACCAUUCCUCUACCAGGACAAGAGAAGACCAUUCCUCUACCAGGACAGGAGCUACCAGGACAAGAGAAGACCAUUCCUCUACCAGGACAAGAGAAGACCAUUCCUCUACCAGGACAAGAGAAGACCAUUCCUCUACCAGGACAGGAGCUACCAGGACAAGAGAAGACCAUUCCUCUACCAGGACAGGAGCUACCAGGACAAGAGAAGACCAUUCCUCUACCAGGACAAGAGAAGACCAUUCCUCUACCAGGACAGGAGCUACCAGGACAAGAGAAGACCAUUCCUCUACCAGGACAGGAGCUACCAGGACAAGAGAAGACCAUUCCUCUACCAGGACAAGAGAAGACCAUUCCUCUACCAGGACAGGAGCUACCAGGACAAGAGAAGACCAUUCCUCUACCAGGACAGGAGCUACCAGGACAAGAGAAGACCAUUCCUCUACCAGGACAAGAGAAGACCAUUCCUCUACCAGGACAGGAGCUACCAGGACAAGAGAAGACCAUUCCUCUACCAGGACAAGAGAAGACCAUUCCUCUACCAGGACAGGAGCUACCAGGACAAGAGAAGACCAUUCCUCUACCAGGACAAGAGAAGACCAUUCCUCUACCAGGACAGGAGCUACCAGGACAAGAGAAGACCAUUCCUCUACCAGGACAAGAGAAGACCAUUCCUCUACCAGGACAGGAGCUACCAGGACAAGAGAAGACCAUUCCUCUACCAGGACAAGAGAAGACCAUUCCUCUACCAGGACAGGAGCUACCAGGACAAGAGAAGACCAUUCCUCUACCAGGACAGGAGCUACCAGGACAAGAGAAGACCAUUCCUCUACCAGGACAGGAGCUACCAGGACAAGAGAAGACCAUUCCUCUACCAGGACAGGAGCUACCAGGACAAGAGAAGACCAUUCCUCUACCAGGACAGGAGCUACCAGGACAAGAGAAGACCAUUCCUCCACCAGGACAAGAGAAGACCAUUCCUCCACCAGGACAGGAGCUACCAGGACAAGAGAAGACCAUUCCUCUACCAGGACAGGAGCUACCAGGACAAGAGAAGACCAUUCCUCUACCAGGACAGGAGCUACCAGGACAAGAGAAGACCAUUCCUCUACCAGGACAGGAGCUACCAGGACAAGAGAAGACCAUUCCUCCACCAGGACAGGAGCUACCAGGACAAGAGAAGACCAUUCCUCUACCAGGACAGGAGCUACCAGGACAAGAGAAGACCAUUCCUCUACCAGGACAGGAGCUACCAGGACAAGAGAAGACCAUUCCUCCACCAGGACAGGAGCUACCAGGACAAGAGAAGACCAUUCCUCCACCAGGACAAGAGAAGACCAUUCCUCCACCAGGACAGGAGCUACCAGGACAAGAGAAGACCAUUCCUCUACCAGGACAGGAGCUACCAGGACAAGAGAAGACCAUUCCUCUACCAGGACAGGAGCUACCAGGACAAGAGAAGACCAUUCCUCCACCAGGACAGGAGCUACCAGGACAAGAGAAGACCAUUCCUCCACCAGGACAAGAGAAGACCAUUCCUCCACCAGGACAGGAGCUACCAGGACAAGAGAAGACCAUUCCUCUACCAGGACAGGAGCUACCAGGACAAGAGAAGACCAUUCCUCCACCAGGACAAGAGAAGACCAUUCCUCUACCAGGACAGGAGCUACCAGGACAAGAGAAGACCAUUCCUCUACCAGGACAAGAGAAGACCAUUCCUCUACCAGGACAGGAGCUACCAGGACAAGAGAAGACCAUUCCUCUACCAGGACAAGAGAAGACCAUUCCUCUACCAGGACAGGAGCUACCAGGACAAGAGAAGACCAUUCCUCCACCAGGACAAGAGAAGACCAUUCCUCUACCAGGACAGGAGCUACCAGGACAAGAGAAGACCAUUCCUCUACCAGGACAAGAGAAGACCAUUCCUCUACCAGGACAAGAGAAGACCAUUCCUCUACCAGGACAGGAGCUACCAGGACAAGAGAAGACCAUUCCUCUACCAGGACAGGAGCUACCAGGACAAGAGAAGACCAUUCCUCUACCAGGACAGGAGCUACCAGGACAAGAGAAGACCAUUCCUCCACCAGGACAAGAGAAGACCAUUCCUCUACCAGGACAGGAGCUACCAGGACAAGAGAAGACCAUUCCUCUACCAGGACAGGAGCUACCAGGACAAGAGAAGACCAUUCCUCCACCAGGACAAGAGAAGACCAUUCCUCUACCAGGACAGGAGCUACCAGGACAAGAGAAGACCAUUCCUCUACCAGGACAGGAGCUACCAGGACAAGAGAAGACCAUUCCUCCACCAGGACAAGAGAAGACCAUUCCUCUACCAGGACAGGAGCUACCAGGACAAGAGAAGACCAUUCCUCUACCAGGACAGGAGCUACCAGGACAAGAGAAGACCAUUCCUCCACCAGGACAGGAGCUACCAGGACAAGAGAAGACCAUUCCUCUACCAGGACAGGAGAUACCAGGACAAGAGAAGACCAUUCCUCUACCAGGACAGGAGCUACCAGGACAAGAGAAGACCAUUCCUCUACCAGGACAGGAGAUACCAGGACAAGAGAAGACCAUUCCUCUACCAGGACAGGAGCUACCAGGACAAGAGAAGACCAUUCAUCUACCAGGGCAGGACAGUGGGUCCUCCCUGACUAAGGAGAGGAGUGAGCCUCCCCUUGUCACCUCCUCUUCCCCACUCCCUCCUCCUGCCUCCUCCCCAUCCCCUCCUCCUGCCUCUUUCCCACCUCCUCCCACGUCUCCGAGAGAAAUCUUCCAGUUCUGUCCUGCCCUCCCUACCUACCUUCAGGAAGACUUCUCUCCUCCUCCUCCCACUCCUCCAGAGAGGCUAGGCCCUGAGCCUGCUGUGCCCCAGACACCCCCACCUGCAUCCCCCCAGGCCCCACUAGCAGCUCCAGCCGACCCCCAAGAACCACCCCUAACACCAUCCCCAGAACCAGCCUUACCCGCCCAGACCCCACCAGCCCCGGCCAACCCACCUCCACCUGCAUCCCUCCAGGCCCCACUAGCAGCCCUACCACCAGCCCCAGAACCAGCCUUACCCGCCCAGGCCCCACCAGCCCUGGCCUACCCAGCACCAGCCCCGGCCUACCCAGCACCAGCCCCGGCCUACCCAGCAUCAGCCUCGGCCAACCCAGCACCAGCCCCGGCCUACCCAGCACCAGCCCCGGCCUACCCAGCACCAGCCCCGGCCUACCCAGCACCAGCCCCGGCCUACCCAGCACCAGCCCAGGCCUACCCAGCACCAGCCCCGGCCUACCCAGCACCAGCCCCGGCCUACCCAGCACCAGCCCCGGUCUACCCAGCACCAGCCCCGGCCUACCCAGCACCAGCCCCGGCCUACCCAGCACCAGCCCCGGCCUACCCAGCACCAGCCCCGGUCUACCCAGCACCAGCCCCGGCCUACCCAGCACCAGCCCCGGCCUACCCAGCACCAGCCCCGGUCUACCCAGCACCAGCCCCGGCCUACCCAGCACCAGCCCCGGUCUACCCAGCACCAGCCCCGGCCUACCCAGCACCAGCCCCGGCCUACCCAGCACCAGCCCCGGUCUACCCAGCACCAGCCCCGGUCUACCCAGCACCAGCCCCGGCCUACCCAGCACCAGCCCCGGCCUACCCAGCACCAGCCCCGGCCUACCCAGCACCAGCCUCGGCCUACCCAGCACCAGCCCCGGCCUACCCAGCACCAGCCCCGGCCUACCCAGCACCAGCCCCGGCCUACCCAGCACCAGCCCCGGCCUACCCACCUCUACCUCCACUCCUUGAGAGUCAGGAGGACGCCACCACUUCCACAGCUGUAUUCUCUGACCUCCCGGCAGAAGCCCCGGCCUCCGUACCUCGACCUCCAGUCCCCGGGAAGGACUCCACCUCCACCCCUGUACCCUGUGAUUCCACACCCAGGAGCUCAGACUCAGACGGAGCGUUCGAGACGCCAGAGUCGACCACCCCGGUCAAGUCUCCCACGGAGACAGACCCUCAUGCCCAGCUGCUGACCUUGGAAGACACCGGUCUUGGCUGUGACUCUGAGGCAGACGGUGAACCCGGGUCAGAGGCUAAAGGUCACCAUGGUAGCUCCCUGUCCAUAGUCUUUGACGAGGACAAGCCCAUAGCUGCUAGCGGAGCCUAUAACUUAGACCAGCUCAUUGCUGCUGCUGCUGCUGCUGCUGAGGCCCAGAGCCGAUCAACUCUAACCCGCUCUCUGAGCCUCCAGGCUGGGGAGCUAGACGGCUCCGACCCUCUAGACGGCGGAGGAUCCUCCAUCUCAAUCGGAGACUCCCGUCCCUUAGCUGAGGCCUUUAGUGUUGACAGUGGUACUGAGAGUGCUCCAGGGACUCUCCGCAGACCCUCCAAGAAGGGGCCUCUCCGCCCAGGCGGCUCCCUGAAAAAGAAGCCUCUCGCCACGCAGAGCUCUAACCUAGAGAGCCCCCAACCUCCGUCAUCCGGAACCACACCGGAGCUGGAGAACAGUGCCGAGCCCACCAGAGCAGCCAGCCCCCUAUUGGGCUCUGAGGAUCCGGAAGUAGGAGGAGCCACAGUAGACUCUGCCCCUGGUCCUACCUCGGCCACGCCCAGUACAGGAGGCACGCUCUGCAGAACAGGGAAGCCAUGUGUGGAAAGCUCCGCCUCGCUCAUUGAAGAGACCAAUCACAUUAGCCCGGAGACAGAUAAUCAACUAAUCCUGGCCCCUACUUCUAUUCUGACCCCGACCCCAGCUAUCUCUAUACCCAACCGACAGGAGGACACCCCCAUCUCCGUGCCGGAGGCCCCCCAAGGCAGCGAAGGCUCUCCCCUCAGUGGGACCUACAAAUGGGACCCAGACAACUUUGAAGACAUCGACCCGUUCAACAACGGAGGGAGUAAAGUCGCUAACUCCCCGCCGUUGGGUAAGAAAGGAGCCGUGCUGUCCGUUGCCCCUGUCUCUAACCCCCCAGAGCGCCCUAACGCCGAGCCAGCCCUUCCCUCAACCAGCCCCCCGAUUCGGACCUCAGGGGCGGUCAGGCUGGAGUUUGACUAUUCUGAGGAGACCCUCGAGGAGCCUCCCAAGGCCUCUCCACCACCCAAGAAAAUGGGGAGAAAAACAGGCUCCAAGAUGCCUCUAAGGAAGCCCAGAAUGGGUCUGAAGAAGGCAGUCCAGCCCCCAUCUGAACCCCUAGCCAACACCCCAGUCCCCGAUGACAUUCCCGUCUCUAAGGCCUCCUAUGACUUUGACCCGGCCCAGUGGGACGACCCAAACUUCAACCCGUUCGGCUCUAACAGCGGGAUCCCCGUCUCUCCCGAGCUGAACAAACCCUCCUAUAGCUUUGACUCUGACACCUUCAACGAGUCAGCUGUUAACACCUUCAAGGGUUCGUCCAAUAGGACGGCUGCGUUUCCACCCAAGGCUGCCUCUGGCUCCGCCUCUUUCGAGGUGUCGGCCAAUGACGACGAGGUUGAUAACGAUGACGUUAGGGAGCUGGA